AUUUUUUUUCUCUUUUCUAGCUCCUCAUUCAACUUCUCCUCUGGACAUUUCAAACACAGCUUAGAUUUAACAGGGGUAGGGUUUUGCAGAGAAUAAGGGGUUUGCAGGAUGGAUCCGGAGAAGGCUUCACGACUGCAAGAAGGCAUCACUUUGGUUCUUUCUCGAUGGACUGCCCUUCAGAUGGCCGUCCAAAAUGAAUGGGGUGGCCCUCACUCUCGCUUCAAAUCUGAACAACUCGCCGCCGAUAUCUUCUCUUGGCUCACCCAAUCCAAAGAGCCACUGUAUGCUGAUGACUUAGAGGAUAUGCUUGAUGAAUUUAUGCUCUCCCUAAAUACUGAGAUUGCAGAUGGCAGCGUUGAGGAGAUAGCAGAGAAAUUAAUGAUUAUGCAUGAAGAGUGCUUGGAAGGUAACUUUAAGUCUGUUCAAGUACUAAAGGAAACCAAUCCUCCAAAUGGCACUGUUACUUGUAUCAGACAGGGUGGCAGUGAUGACGAGGAGGACGAUGAUGAUGAUGAGAGUGCCAGGGAGGAGGAUGCUGUCGAGAACCAGCCACAUGUAAAUGAAGAUGAUAUGGCAGUGGAUGAACCAAGGGUUAAUGAGAAAUCUAAUACAGAAGAUGGAUGGACGGUAGUGUCCUCUAGGCGGAACAGAGGAAAAAGGAACUAGGCUGCAUCAUGAAGGCCAUGCAUUGUUGGAGAAGGAAGAAGUCAGUUGUAGAAGAUGUGGAAAGAUUACCUCCAAAUCAUAUGCUUUUCAUCUUGUUCAAGUGCAGAAGAUGUGAUGAAAUGGUUAUGGAGAGGUUAUGCGAACUGAGUUCAGUAUGUAAAUGAAAAGCUGAGUUGAAACUUGAAAGCUUUCAUUUCUCCAUUUUUAACCUAAAAUUUCAUUUGUUUUGACUUUUGACAUUUAGCUGGGAACUGUCUAAAUUACACAAAAUGGGGAGAGAUGAUUCUGAAACUUCACUUUUUAGAGAUUACACCAUUUAUUCA